AUGGCCGAUCAAGAGAUCCCCUCGGCGGAGCAAACUCCUACCAAGCCUCCCUUCGAAAACGUUCGUACUGAUGGCCGAGCCUUCGCCUCUCCCAACUGGCGCACCAAAAGCAGCCCUGCUCCCGAUAGCCCGAAUCGGAGCAACCCAAAUCUCAAUACAACCCGUGCGGCAUUCAGUCGGCCCGGCGCCCAUGUCCCGCAAGCCAUCAAUGAUGGUCGCCGGCUAUAUGUAGGCAAUAUGCCUUACACCGCGAAGACCGCGGAUGUGGAGGCAAUUUUCAUGGCCGCGCAGAUGCCGAUUGAGCGCAUUGAUAUCGCCAUUGAUCCCUUCACUGGCCGCAACCCUUCCUACUGCUUCGUGGAUCUACAGAACAAAGAUCACGCGGAGCGUGCUAUGGUGGAACUCGAUGGUAUCGAUAUGCUGGGUCGACCAUUGAAGAUUAAGCCUGGUGUCGCCAAGUCCCAGGAGCGGAUUGAUAACCCUCCUUCGCCACUGAGGAUGGGUGGCUGGCGCCAGCAGGGGAAACAACCCAGCUUUGCCAAGGUCAACAGUGAUUCCAGCAGCCGUGUUUAUGUGGGUGGUUUGCCACGGUUGACAGAACCCGAGAUCGUACAGAGCAACAUUGCGACCUUCUUCAGCGGUUUCAAAGUUGAGAACAUCAGCAAGCUGUUUACUCCCCACCCCGCUAAGCGAUUCGAGCCCGGCGAGCACUACUAUCUGUUCGUCGAUGUCGGUUCGCCCGAGGAAGCCCAACGAGCGAUGGACACCUUGAACCACCAAAAUGGCCCCUGGGGCGCUCCGUUGCGUGUCCAAUAUGCUCGUGGCUCUAAGACCGAACGAGAUACUUGA